AUGAGCGUCUCCGCCUCUAUACAGCUCGAGUCCGUCUCGACCCGGAUCGUUGACGAGCUGGAGCCCGGCGACGGCGCCUCGUUCCCAAAGGUGGGCGACAAGCUGCUGGUCCACUACACGGGCUGCCUCGCAGCGACGGGCCGCUGCUUCGACUCCUCGCGCGCGCGCGGGCAUGCCUUCACCUUCACCGUCGGCUGCGGCAAAGUCAUCAAGGGGUGGGACGUGCUGCUGCUCCGGCUCUGCAAGGGCCAGCGCGUGAAGCUCCACGUCGGAGCGGUGGACGGGUAUGGCGCGGCCGGCUCGCCGCCGAACGUGCCGGCGAACGCGGACUUGUUGUUUGACGUGGAGCUGAUCGACAUCAACGAGCCGCUCGUCAAGGAGGGGAUCCGCUACCGCAAGGAGCUCGAGGACAAGGCGCGGCGCGAGGUGGAGGAGCAGCAGGAGAGAGACGCAAAGGCGGCGAUGGCCUCCGAGGGGCCAAAGGCGGCCGCCUCAGGGCCGAAGCGGCCGCGCGAGUCGGACGAGUCAGGCUCCGGGUCCGACUCGGACUCGUCGUCGUCGUCGUCGGAGAGCAGCGGCGCGGCGCGGAAGCGGAAGGAGAGGAAGAAGGACAAGAAGAAGGAGAAGAGGGAGAAGAAGAGGCGCGAGAGGAAGGAGGCGAAGAAGAGUAGCAAGAAGGAGGCCAAGAGAGGCCGCAAGAAGGAGAAGAAGAAGAAGCGCGACCGCGAGACAGUCCAGCGCUCAGUCAUCACGGGCAAGCGUCGCGCGCGCCGCGCCGCCCUGCUGGCGCACAUGAACGAGGGCGAGGGCGAGGCGUAUGGCGUCGCCGCGCACGCGCCGGUCCCGCCUCGGCCCGACACUGCGCAGAUGCGCGACCUAAUGCAUGCGGCAGAUGCGGCGCGGCGCGAGAAGCGGCAGCGGCUGGGCGCCCUCGUGCGUGGCGGCGGAGACGACUUUGCCGGCUCCAUCGCGCGCGAGUACGCGACGCAGCGCUCCAGCGGCGGCGGGAAGCGGGACGUGAGAGACGCAGCGGACUAUAUGAAGAAGGACAGCAACUUUUGAGGUGUGGCAACAGUGUUGCUGAAUCGUCCGUGGAUUGUUUCCGAACCACAAGGGCGGCCGCAC